GGCGGCACCCACUACUCCACAUUUCCUGCAGUACACUCAUCCUCAUUCAGUCAUUCGCCUUUCUCCAUUUCCGGUUAGAAAUCCCUAGUUUUUUGGAUUAGGUUUCUUAAGGGGGGAAGGUAAUGGGAGCUCACUGCAACGGCGACGUUUCAAUUCACAGCUUCGCUUGCUCUCAGGAUUGCAGAUUCUCCAAGCGUAUUUACGACAAUGUCCACGGCAACAUUUACCUUGAUCCACUGUUUUUGAAGUUUAUGGACACUGAACAGUUUCAGAGGCUUCGUGAUCUAAAACAACUUGGUAUGGCACACAUGGUUUAUCCUGGGGCGGUGCAUUCUAGGUUUGAACAUUCUCUUGGGGUGUAUUGGCUUGCUGGUCAAGCCAUUCACAAACUUAAAACUCAACAAGGAUUUGAGCUUGGUAUUGAUUGUUUUGACAUACGAACAGUGAAACUUGCAGGACUCCUGCAUGAUAUUGGACAUGGACCUUAUAGUCACUUGUUUGAACGUGAGUUUCUUCCUCGUGUUCAUGGUGGCCGCAAAUGGUCUCAUGAGCAAAUGUCAGUGAAGAUGGUUGACUAUAUUGUUGAUGAGCACCAUAUUGACAUUGACUCCGAAACCAUUAAACAAGUUAAAGAAAUGAUAGUAGCUAGCUGUGGAACUUCACAGGCAAAAAGCUCAAGAGAGAAGCAUUUCUUGUAUGAUAUUGUUGCAAAUGGUCGAAAUGGAAUUGAUGUGGACAAAUUUGAUUACAUAGUCCGAGACUCUAGAGCUUGUGGCCUGGGAUGCAACGUUGAGUUUCAGAGGAUAAUGGAGGACAUGCGGGUUUUGGGUGAUGAGAUAUGCUACCGUUAUAAAGAUUAUCUUACCAUCUACAAGUUAUUUGCCACCCGUGCUGAUCUGUAUCGAACGGUGUAUACACAUGCAAAAGUAAAGGCAAUAGAUCUUAUGGUACUUGAUGCCCUGGUGAAGGCAAAUGAUUAUCUAGAAAUUUCAUCUCACAUUGAUGACCCUGCUCAAUACUGGAAGUUAGAUGACACAAUCAUUAAAACUAUUGAAACAGCUCCAGACCAGGAGCUAAGGGAGUCUAGAGAUUUGAUACGUCGCAUCAGAAGAAGGGAUUUAUACCGGUUCUGUAAUGAGUAUGCUGUUCCAAGGGACAAACUAGAAAAUUUCAAAGAUGUCACAGUGCAAGAUAUUGUUUGUUCCCAGAAAAAUGGAGCCAUACUAAGAGAAGAGGAUGUUGUUGUUGACAAUGUCAAGAUUGAUUUGACUCGGGGAAAGCAUAACCCUCUUGAAAGCGUCAGAUUUUUUCAGGAUUAUGAGAGUGAUGAGAAAUUCUCGAUAAGUGAUGAUCGCAUCAGUCACUUGCUGCCAACUUCUUAUCAAGAUAUGAUAGUGAGGGUGUACUCCAAAAAGCCUGAACUGGUUGGAGCAAUUUCCGAGGCUUUUGAAAAUUUUCAGGUGAAGACCUAUGGAAUCAAGGCACAAGUACACGCUACACCAGAGAAGAAAAUAAGGCGAAGGUAGUGUUAUCAUUAGGGGCCAUAUGUCUCUUUGUUUUCUUCUUAAAGAAAAAAAUUCUCCAGUUACAACACUCCCAAAUUCAGUGUAGUUCAAAUAUCAUACACCUAGUAUAGUCAUGCUUUGCUUAACUGAUCCAUGCUAUUGUUGAUGUAAAAACAUCUUUUAUGUAACCUAUCAAAAAGUGAAAACAUAUUUAAUGUACUUGAUGGCCAUUCCUUAAAUUGGGAGACUGCCACUUUAUAUAGGAUCAACUUGUUCAACAUGUAAA